UAAGAAAAGAGAUUUGAAUAAGAAUACUUCCAAUAUUUAGUAUGCAUUUAAUAAAUUAACCAACUGAUUUCUUUUGCUGAUCAGUUUCUAAGAAUAGAGACAUAUAAAUUUUAAUCAUUUGAUUGAAUGUGAAUCAAAAAAUAACAAUGCUACUAUAACUCUGAAUGAUGGUGUCAAUAAAUAAGUUCUAAAUUUGUCAUUAAAAUAAAUUACCCAAUUUAUUUCCUUAAAUCCAUAAAAUAGGUUUCAAAAAAUAAUAAUAUUAAUAUCAUUAUGGGAAGCAAACCAAAUAAAAACACGAAUUAUUAAAAUGACAAAGGUCAUCUUCAUCAAAUGAAUAAUCUGACACGACCGAGAUCCACUCCUAUCUGUCCAUAUAAUCCCUAUUGUAUUUAUAGCAUUUUAUUUAUAGCCUCUCGAACCUAAUUUAAUGUGACGAUAAAUAAUGUUUUAUUUUUAGUGGUUAAUCCUCCAGAAGACAAUGAUACUAUGACUAUGGCUGAAAAUUUUGAUGAAGUCUGA